GUAAGUUGUCAGCCGCCGAACGAAUCCUAUAAAUGCGAACCUUUGAGAGAAGCCUUCAUGCCAUAACCUCAAUUCUUCAACAAACUGACUUUGCGGUGAGGACAAAACCAAAAAGUUUCUACCGAACGCCGCUGGGACCAACGCCAAUUCAAGCUGGAAGAUUCAACUACACUGAACAAUGGCGCCCACACCGUCUUCAUCGAGCACAUGACGCCCGGCACUAGCGUGCCUCCACAUUUUCAUAAGCGCUUUUCCGAAUCAUUCGACCUGAUCAGCGGGUCCAUGUCCGUCUACAGCAGCACAUCGCCAGAGCUCGACGCCUUAGAGGCAUCUGCCAAGAAACUUGAGAUUGGCAAGCCAGUCACUGUUGAACCAAAGGUGUACCACCAAUACAAGGUCGGCGGUGAACAGACGGUGCUUCGGCGUAUCCUAACUCCUGGAGAUGCGAACUUUGAGAGACUGUUGAAGAUUCUCAAUGGGUUGCACGCUGAUGGGAAAUUGGCCGAGAUGAGUCAAAGUGCCGUUCUAAUGGCGAUCGUCAUGGGUUUAAGUGAUGCGCAUCUCAUUGGACCCGGGAAGGAGAUGUUGGACGGUGUUGAGGCAGCGAAAAAAAAAAGAUGAGAUUGAGUCCCUAAGGAAGGAGUUGCUUACCAUGUAUGAUACCGAGGAAGCUUUGCAGGACUUGCUGGUCAAAAGAGGCGAAGUCGUGUAGAACUGCGCUGAAACGCGGAAAUCUCUUACACGGGGUAAUCCGGAGAGCUUAGGAAGCGAGACGAAAGGGCCUGAUCUAGGUAUACAGCGAGCGAGACGCAAGGGAUACGUGACAUGGCAUUUCUCUAGUUAACACAGCACUCAACUUUAUGAU